AUGUCGUUGGGUUCCAGACGGCUGAGCUCACAUCUCAUUCAACUCAUCGCGCUAAUUACGUUUAUUUGGGUGCUUCUCCUCGCCUCUCUGUGGACAUUUCAUGCCGAUACUGUCCGUGCCGUGAUCCCGUUGGACAAAUUUACUGCUUGGCCAUCAUACGAUCCGGUUGAUUCUGCAAAAGAAGAUCGCAUCCAACUCUUGCAAGUCGGAGACGCUUCUCCGACUCGUCUCGCUCUCUCAUCUGGCCGGUGGCAGUCCAACCCGGCCCACCAAAAUCUCUCCCUGCAGUGGACAGAUGCUUCCUCGAGGUACAACUGUUGGAGUGAAUCUGAGCUUCACCCUAAAGGAAGCGGCGUUCGACGAUCGCAAGACAUAGACGCUUGGGACUGGAUGAAAGGAGAUGGAGAACCAUUAGAAGACUGGAGUGUUGAAAGGUUUGUUAUCCGAGGGCUGCAGAGUCGAUUUGGGUACUUUAUGGUCGGCGACUCUCUCACUGACGGCAUCUUCGUCGCCCUCCAUCGAAUGCUCUGUGAACCAAAUCCAACCUCUCAUCCAUUGGCACUUGAACGGACCUAUGGUCAUGGUCCCGUUAGAUGGAAGCAUGCUACCGGUCCCGAGGUCUAUUACAACAAUCUUACCCUCAAUAUGGCUCAUUCGCUCGGUAAAGCUCUUCUUGAACGACACGACAGCGCAGUAGAUGGAAAGGGAGAGAAAGAAGAUGAAUUACUCGGGAAGAUUCCUCGCCAACGCUUCUUCGAGCCCAUUGUCAGAUUCGUACGCAACUCAAAUCUCGCCAGUGAGGAAGAAAUGGAAGAAAUUCUGAUCGAGGGAUUGGGCAUCCCACUCGAUUGGACAAUCCAGCUGCGAACCUUGGCUCCGUGGAGGGAAUACCUUGCAUCGUAUGCCGACUACGAUGGAUGGGAUGGCGAGAAGGCAGGAAUCGUGCUCAUUAAUACUGGCCCCCAUUGGGAGCCAGAUCGCUUCAAGCCAAGUACAGAGGCUCAGAUGCAACUGGCCUACAACCUUACAAUGCAAAAAGUCUACGAAUCACUUUCAGCGCUCCCAAGCACUUUGGACCUCCGGAUUCUCUACCGCUCCACUCUUCCAGGUCACAAAGAUUGCGAGAAGAAGCUUUAUCCAGUGACAAAGUAUGACGACGCCGCAGUACAUCCGACAGGACCUUUCACUGGACCUUACCAUUGGCAUUGGUUCCCCCAGUACAACGAUGUGGCGCGAGAGCUUUGGGGCCGCGGCCGGUGGAGCGUACGAUCCAAGUCUCGGUCAACGAUAGAGGACAAAUGGGAGAGACGACAUCUCUCACAAGAUUCUUGGGGAAGUGGCAUCGUCACUGACUAUUGGGAUGUGUGGAAUCUGGCGGCAACGAGACCAGACGCCCAUGUUGCUUGGGCGAACAGGUUCAUGGACUGCCUACACUGGUGCUCUGGUGGUGUCUAUGCUUGGGUAGCGAGGGCGUGGUGGCACACCAUCGUUCAAGAAGGACUCUAG